AUAAGAGGCUUUUGAAGCUCGUGCAGUCCACUUUAUACAAGUUUUGGCCAGUGAACGGCUGAUACACCGAGCGAUAAAAAGGAAAGAGGAAACAAGGAUUUGAACAUCUUACCAGAGGAAAGACAACAGGGCUUGAAGCAAAAUACUAGGGGGGGAAUACUGAUAAAAUUCAAUACUUAUAAAUUACAGGGGUGAAUUAGGGAAAGACAGAAUCAGAGAGCAUCAUGGACCGCAAAAUCCCUGACUUCUCCGGUACCUGGAAGAUGAAGAGUUCAGAAAACUUCGAGGAGCUUCUGAAAGCGUUGGGUGUGAACGUGAUGCUUCGGAAGAUUGCCGUAGCAGCGGCAUCAAAACCGUCAGUGGAGAUUACACAGGACGGUGAGACCCUGUCAAUCAAGACCUCCACCUCAGUUAGGACCACCCAUGUGACCUUCACUGUGGGACAGGAGUUUAUUGAGACCACAGUGGAUGGACGGCCUUGCACGAGCUUUCCUCUGUGGGAGACAGACAGUAAGAUCAGCUGUGAGCAAACCCUACAGAAAGGAGAUGGCCCUAAGACUUCCUGGACCAGGGAAAUGACCAAUGAUGGAGAACUGAUCCUGACAAUGACUGCAGAUGACGUCGUGUGCACAAGAGUUUACGUCAGAGAGUCAAAGUAAACAAAUAGCGAAAGCAGAAAUAUCGUCUUUUGUGUUCCCUGACUAAGCCCUGUUAAGGCUGACUCUUCCUGACAGAAACCAGCACGUGCCACAUUUAUCAUCCAUGUUACCGUUUAGACUACAUGCUUAUUAACUUACACAUUAAUGUAUACGCAUGCAUUGGCCAAAUGUAUGUGGAUGUAAGCAAUAUUAGAAACACAUUCCACUAAUAAGAAGACAGUAUACAGUAGGAUGUUACAUAUAAUUAUCUGUUCCAUGUUUGAAUGCAAGUUGAAGAGAUGACAUUUAGUCCAUGUUUAGUUUUGUAUUUCCGUAGUUACAUUAAUCUUUACGCCGGUCUAGUUUUCAGAUGUCGACACUGUUACCGAGGAGGAUUCUGGGAGAUUAGGCAUGUUAUAUUAGGGUUUAAAAUGCUGCAGGAUGGAACCUGUUCAGGAGGAAGACUGGGAAAAAACGGCAAGACUAGAAUACUUUACUGUUUAUGUGCUAAUAUAUACAGGAUAGCCUCAUAUUACAUCCAUAUCCCUUACUCUGAGGCACACACAAACACGAGCCCUGGAUCCUGAGCACUUUUACAACUGAUGUAACUUCAAUUUUUAAUCCAGUCGUUAAUCCCAAGCAGAGAUUCACACUGACAUUGAAGUAGUGAACCAGCGAGUUUGUCAGGUUGUCAUGCUGAGGUUAAAAUAAUAAAAUCAGCUUGCGUCAAUUGCAAAAUUUCGUUCUAUGUUUUGAAGUCAAUUUAUUCUGUAAAGCUCUGACAGGAAUAAGUGUGUUUAGUGAACGUGCGUGACUUAUGGGAAGGGUUGGUGUAGGUGCUGUACUGCAUGCCAUCUGUAGCUUCUUAGCAAUUUCUUUUUUAAUUGUAUUUGAGUAUUUUGUUCUCUUCUUAGCCUCAUUUCCUCAGCAUCUCUUCUUUAUGUUUGUUAAGGUUUUGUAUAUACUUCAAUAAAAUAUUAAGCUGUUGUACUUUU